AUGGUGGUUGUUGAACCACCAUUGAGUUCCUGUCUAACCGACGAUAAUCUAUGGGAGUUCACUUUGAAAUCCGCAGGAAAGUUGAACACUUUGAUUCGCCGUGUGGUUGACGCAAACCCUUUGAUCAAAAAGUUAAUUGUGCCGGGAUGCACGGGGUUAGUUCCAGAAGGAAUCAUUGCAUGUGGUGAAAGUUUGGGGAAGAACAAUCAUAAGUUGGAGACACUUCACAUCAAUGGCGUCCCUGGCUUCACUAAAGACCAUCUCUCAGCACUUUUGACUUACCUUCCUCAAGAGGGAGCAAUCGACCUCGAGGUGUGUCCCAAAUGCGACCAAGUCAGGAUGAUUCCGCCUUGCUCAAGAGAAUCAUGUAAACGUGAGGGAAGGAACGAACGGGAGUGCAGGGGAUGCUGGUAUUGCGUCCCUAGAUGCAUGGAAUGUGCAGUCUGUCUCGGACCAGACACUGAUCAGAUUGAAGAAGCAGCGUGUGGGGCAGACGUUGUGUGUCUUCCUUGUUGCCAAGCGCUUCCAAAGUGCAGGUUCUGCAACAAACCAUAUUGCACAGGUCACAGCAGCCUGAGGCAAGAUAACACAACGACUGAUGCAACUAUGUUUGUAUGCCAAGCUUGUCACUACAGGACAAGAACAAGCGAAAAAGAACCUCUCAACUAUCAAUUUUAAAACCACUUGUCGUUUUAAACCAAAGCCAUGUUUGCGACCAAGCCAAUAAGAAGAUUUGGACAUUCAUAUCUAAAAACAUUUGUUGUUCUCUGCAUCUUUUUUUAUGUUCUUAAAUGAAAACCUUGGAUUAUGUAAAAACCAAAGAUACUUAUUGUGUAAUAAAUAAAAAGAAAAAAGUGUUCAACAUAGAAAACAGUUGCAAACAACAAUGACUAUAAAAUUGAUUGAAUAUAAUACUUUUAGUGAACUUUUCUUGAAGGAAAAAAACAACAAAACGGGGUAGAUGUUAAAACAAAUACACCGAAUACAAGUUAUCUCCUUUGAUUGGCUAACUCUUUUAUAUUUCCUUUGACAAGUUUCUUUUCUCUUAACCAACGCGGUUGGCCUAGUGGUAGUUGAGGAAGAAAAUCCAAUACGUUCCCCGCAGGUUCGAUUCGCGUUGGCCACCCGAGCUCUCCCUGCUAAUUCCUGGGGAGGAAAUUACGUGGCUGCUGCGGGCCUCGUGGGAUUAGUCGGUUGACCUCGGUCGCCGGAUCCCCACGGUUAACCAAAAAAAAAAAAAAAAAGUUAAAAUGA